AUGAUAACGUUACCUGUCAAAUAAAUUUCAAAAUCUCUUAGGGUAUAUAUGUUCUGUGCUCAAAAUCCAGACAAACCAAACUAUGUCAAACAGUGUGAACUGAACUUGUUGCUACAAUAACAAAUAAAUUCAUAACUCUUGAUUAUAAUUAGUUAAAAAAAGAAAUUAGUUAAAAAAAUCAACAUAAUGAGUGACGAUCUCGACUUUUUAUUCAAACCAAUAGUUUUGAUAACCGGGUUUGGUCCUUAUUUGAACCACCCGGUGAAUGCUAGCUGGGAAGCAGUGAAAAUAAUGAACAAAGAGGCAAUUGAGAAGAAACAUAAUGUGGAGUUGGUUCAGAUCGAGCUGCCCGUAACGUACGAGAACGUGGACGAAUUCGUGCCUGCGCUCUGGGAAACACAUACUCCAAAGCUAAUGAUACAUGUAGGAGUAUCAGGCAAGGGUCAGUGCUUGCAGCUAGAAUCACAAGCACAUAGAAAAGGUUACAAGAAGAAGGACUACUUAGACAAACUACCGGCAAACUGGUCUUGUCUGGCUGAUGGAGCGAUCAGGUUACACACCAAACUGGAUGUGGAACGAAUAUGCAAGGAGUUCAAUGGGGACAACACACCUGAAGAGAGGUUCAGAGCUGAAGUAUCAUUGGAUGCUGGACGGUACCUCUGCGAGUACAUCUACUACACGUCGCUAAGCAUAGACAACAGCCGCACUCUCUUCGUGCACGUGCCCGUCAUGGACAUCUACUCGCCAGAGGAGACUGCCAGUGGACUCGAACGGAUCCUCGACCUCUGUCUCGCACAAAUCAACGAGAGAGGAGACUCCACGGAUCAGGUGACAGAACAAUUGAAGAACACUAAAGUAGUUGAUGAUAAUGAUUUACAAUCAGCAUAGAUAUAGAUAAGUAGGUAUUCUUAUCGAUGUCAUAUUGCCAUAAACUGCAUUAUCAGUUUGAAAGAUGAAAUAGUUUCAUGUAGUUACCUGGUUUUAGUUUUAUCUUACAUGUUACAUUAUAUUACAACACAAGGAUUUAUUUUAUAUGAAUAAGGAUUAAAUACGGUAAAUACGUAAUUAUACAAAGUAGUAACUACUAUAAUUUUGUACAUGUAAAGUAAGUAUUAUUCUACUUCCAUUAUUAGUAAAAUAUAAGUACAGUACUUAGUUAUGAGAUAACUAUUAGACUCAAAUUCUUGUGCCUAACUUGGGUAACUAACACUUAGGUAAUUUUCUCAGUAUGUAAUCAACAAUACAACCAUACAGGAAUAUUGUAAAAAAACCCGUGUUAAGAACAAAAAUAUUGUAAACGUAAACAAGUGUAUGUGUACCUACAGCAUUCCUCAAAUGAAAUAAAUUGCUACGAAUUCCAAUAGCAGGUAUUGACGUCAGUAUAAUUUAGUUUAACAAGUUAUAAGACUAUUUAAUUUUGUUAUUAGUUAUAACUAACUUUAUUAAAUUUUCCAUGUUACAAA